AGGAAAAGCGCUUGGAGUCAGUCAGUGUCAGGGGCUUUGAGGGGUCACAGCUGAUCACUCUGCAUGCACUUUCACACUCAAUUCUUGUGUUAUGCAUCCUUUUAAGCAAUCAGAGCCAGGGAAAAUACUUUUACGCAGUGUUUCCCUCUCUCUGGUCAUCGUGUCUCGUCCACGGGUGGCGGAUCUUUGUUGUGUUUGGUGUUUUAGAGUGAAUGGUGUGGAUAACCGCAGCGCUCCAUAAAUCAGCGGCGUUUUUUGAGUUUCACGUCCGGGAUGGCCUCAUCGCGCCAGGACUACAUUGCACCGUGGUGGACCUACUGGCUGCACAAUUUCCCGCAUCUUCAAUUUAAUUUCCAGACGGUUGAUAGCACUUUUAAACCGGAGGACACCAGCUAUCAGCAGUCUCUGAUCUUCCUGGCCUGUGUGUCUGCGGUGGGUCUGGGUUUGAGUCUGCUGGUGCUGUCCGCAUAUCUGACCUGCCUGUGCUGCUGUCGAAGGGAAGAGGAUGAGGAAGUCAAAAGGCCCAACACCUGCUGUGUCACAUGGGCUGCUGUUAUCACCGGUCUGGUCAUAUGUUCAGCGGUGGGCGUGGGUUUCUAUGGAAACAGCGAAACCAAUGAUGGCAUUUACCAGUUGACUUACUCCAUUUAUAAUGCCAAUCACACACUGGGUAGCAUUGGCAGUCUGGUGGGAAACUCAUUGGGUAGUAUGCAGGUCGGGCUGAAAGAACACCUGGAGCGGUUGGAUGAGAUAUUUUCACCACGGGGAGACUACACCCAAACCUUGCGCUUCAUGCAGCAGAUGGCCAACAACAUUAUCCAGCAGCUGACAGCCAUGCCAGACACAAGGAAGGUGCAAGUGGAUUUGGCAGCCAUCGCGGAUAAAACUUCAUUCAUAGAGUACUACAGAUGGUUAACAUACCUGCUGCUUCUGAUUUUGGACCUAGUCAUCUGUCUCAUAGCAUGUCUGGGAUUGGCAAAGCAGUCUCGAUGGAUGCUCGCAGUUAUUAUGGUGUGUGGCGUACUGACCCUGAUCAUGAGUUGGGCAUCAUUAGGAGCGGGCACAGCCACAGCUGUGGGCACCAGUGACUUUUGUGUCUCUCCUGACAAGUUCAUUGUCAAUCAAACCAAAGACUCCCUAAGUGCGGAUAUAGUGCACUAUUACCUAUACUGCAGCCAGAGUCUUCCCAAUCCGUUCCAGCAGUCUUUGACCAUCUUCCAGAGGUCUCUGACCACCAUGCAGAUACAGGUGCAAGGAUUGCUGCAGUUUUCUGUCGCUGUGUUUCCCACCGCAGAGAAAGAUCUUCUAGGAAUUCAGCGGGUCUUGAACUCUUCAGAGUUCAAUUUGCACCAGCUUACCGCCUUGCUGGACUGCCGUAGUCUGCAUAAAGACUAUCUGGAGGCUCUGCUAGGCGUCUGCUAUGAUGGUGUAGAGGGGCUCCUGUAUCUGUGCCUGUUCUCUCUGCUGGCAGCCUGUGCCUUCUGUGCACUGCUGUGUGCUGUCCCACGUGCCUGGACCCUCAUCGCCAUCAGGGACAGGGAUUAUGAUGAUAUCGAUGAGGAGGACCCCUUUAACCCAUCGAGACGCAUCACGCCGUAUAACCCCAGCCGAGCUCAAGUUCACAGUUUCUGCAGCUACAGCAGCAGCAUGGGCAGCCAGACGAGUCUGCAUCCUCCACUGCAGGCCACAUCCAGCACACCAGAGUACAUGAACCAGUCCAUGCUAUUUGAAAGAAAUCCGCGCUAUGAAAACGUCCCAUUGAUUGGGAGUGGUUCACCACCACCAUCGUAUUCACCCAGCAUGAGGACCACCUACCUGUCUAUGACUGAUGCCCAAAUCAGACACUUCGGGACAGACUUCCAGAUAUAGCUUUCCUGGUUCCUCGUCCUCAAGAGGUCUCUCGUCUCAUCUCAAAGGAGGACACCUGUGGAUGUUAAAGCACAAAUAUUUAAUGCAUCAAAGGGACUUCUCAAAGACUGCAUGCCAUCCGAGUCUCAUCUAGAAAGGCAAAGGAUACCUCAGAGGUUUAUAGGUGAGCUCUGACCAUGUAAAUAUAUGCUUAUUCUCCUCAGGGGCUCACCAGAUUAAAUAGCAGCAAACUGGAUCAUCCUGGUGUUCAAGAUUCAGGUUUUGAUUAGCACUUCAGCUUAGGGCAUACAAAUAGUGAUUAAUAGCUAAAGUAAAUGGUAAACAAAAAAUAAUGGUUUCAUUUAACACACAAAGGCCUUGAGCUCGAUUAUGAGCCUUUAAUUAAUAUACACUGACUUUUGUACUGGUUAAAUAGACACCAAAUGAUCCAGAAUAAGAGAAAUUAUCAAUUGAACGGGCUUCUGUGAUGGUUUGCUAUGAUGAACAUGUUUUGCAUGAGGAACAAGGUGUUUUGCUGGUGCCUCUCUUUAAAUACAAAUGUCUGUAAUCUAGUAGACAAAUAUGUCUGCUAUUCAUUUCAGACUAUAUUUAUGAGCCUCACGGCACAGAACAAAGUUACAUAUUAAUCAUAUUCUGCAAUAGUAGAUCCGGGGAUGAACAAUUUGGAAAUCACAGACAGACUAGUUGUUUGUUUGGUUCAAGCUUCUUAAAGUAUCUUUGUCUGUAUGCCUGUUUAUUCAAACUAGAUCAAAGCUGACAAAGCCUAUUUUUCUAGUUUAAGCGCUUAAGU